AUGUUGGUCAUUGGUUGCGUCCAACUCAUCUAUGCAUCAAAGACCAAGAGGAGGGUCAAGUGUCCAUAUGACAGUCACAUCUUCUUGGCGUAUGUCGGCGACGAGUUACACCAGACUCUGACAGUGCAGCUUGAGAACUUUAUCACAGAGCUUAGACAACUGCUCCAAGGCAGACAAAAGUUCUUUAUGACAUCAGACGAUAUCAAAGAUGACAAUGAACAGUCACAGGACAUACGAUAUUCAAUCGAGCCAGUAGUCGUUGCUGACAUGGCUCCUGGAAAUGUUUGGAUUUUAUGCUGUGUUAAACCAAACGAGAAGAACCCAGCAUUGGCCUACGGCCACAAGGAUUAUAUGCUCUAUCUGUUACUACUCUGA